CAAUCUAAAGUAGUCGUUUCAACGAUGUGGUUGAAGAUUAUCGUAUUCGUGUGCUUGGCCAAUGUGUGGGCCAAUGUUGGCGCAGAUAACUGCAAAUUAAAUGAUAUCAUUUCCAACGGUGAUCUGGUUUUCAACGAUUUGUCGCACAAUUUUGAUGAGAAAACUGUGUAUUGGCCGUAUGUGAAACCAUUUGCGUUUACGAAGAAAACUGCUGAUAUUAGAGAAGAUGGCUGGUAUGCAUCGAAUGAGUUCGAGGCCGGAGAACAUGGUGGAACACAUAUGGAUGCACCGUAUCACUUCUACAAAGAAGGCAAAUUCGUCGGUGAAAUACCUAUGGAGAAGCUCAUACUGCCUCUAAUAAUAGUCGAUAUCAGCUCACGCGUCAAUAACGAUCCGAACUUUGUGCUCUACAAGCAUCAUUUGGACUAUUUGCUAAACGACAACAAUGGAAAACCCUGCAUGAUCAUAUUCAAGUUCGGUUGGAGCAAGUUUUAUGGCGACAAACAGAAAUAUUUGGGUAUGAACGAGAUAGCUGGUACGCUCAACUUUCCCGGUCUCAGCCAAGAGGUAGCCGAAUGGAUAACGACAUCGUACAAGAACGUGGUCGGUAUAGGCGUAGACACGCCCUCCUUGGACCCGGGCAGCAGCACCACCUUCCCUGUCCACAGGAUCACUAUGGCUGCUGGCUUGUACGGCAUGGAGAACGUUAAGCUUGACACCCCAGUUCCAGAGUAUGGUUGCACUGGCGUGGCAAUGCCUAUGAAGAUAGCAAAGGGCACGGGAGGACCUCUCCGGCUAGCUGCCAUAUGUCCAAAGACAGUACCAACAACGUUUUAAGAAUGGCAAGAUUGUGUCCCAGUUGUGAAAACAAAAUGUACACCUACGCUAGUAUUUUAUUAUUUAUUUUAAGAUUUUUUUGUAAUCUCCGUAUCAACAACGGUUUUAAGACUAAAUCAAUAUACAAUGUUUUAAAAUCAUGUUUAUUGUUUGCCUAUUCAUCUACUGAUUAUAUCUUUCAUUUGUUAUGCUUAUGCACUUAUGAUAUUAGAUAAUAAUAUGUAUAAGUUUUUUUAUUACGAUUUAAAAAAGGUUUUGUAAAAAAUAUAAUUCUUGGUACAAGCUUUUGUCGCAUA